AACAGCGACGGCUUGUGUUUGUUUGUUUUUUCUUCUAGUUUUUCUACACCACCAUGAUUCUAUUUUAAUCUUUUUACAUGUUCUAAUCGGUUGGUCAACUAUUCAAGUGCCUGUUUAACAUUUUCUCCAAAGGUUAACCUUUCCUCCACAAGCAUGUAAUGAGUGAUUCCGAUGAAACAGACGUGCUGCUGCUUAUACCGCCCGACUUCUUUAACUGUGAAUCGCCCGCUGUACUUACGCCUCGCACGCCAGCCAACUGUUCCUUCGACUUUGCGGAUUGUUUGUCCUAUGCAUCAUUUGCUCAACGCAGCAACGUAAAAUCGAUGGCAGGGAUAGGAAAUUAUUCCGUGGUCGGUUGUACGGCCGCCGAACGAACCGAGCACUAUGUCGCUUCCACGCCAUUCAAGCACCACGCACACAAGGAACCACUAAAGGAACAGUACUUGCUGCACGAAAUAGACCGAUUUCUGCAGGAGGACGAUCCGCAAAGGGCGCAGCAACGCCAGCAGACUCGCGCAAACCAACACAACCGUCCAGGACAAAGCCCGGAUGGUUCUUUGAUCGAUGUGGAUAGUCUCUCGGUGCAAGACUAUCCAUCGUUGACGAGAAACGAUUUCAAUGGUCUUUCAAAACCUGUUCCAUCCUGCGGUCCCGUGCCCCAAAAACCACCGCGCAACGUACACGGCGGAAUGAUCACGAAACCGGCCAGCAAAAACGGUCACCUUCUCAAUCUAAGCGAUAUCUGGCAAACGAACGGUACCGCCGGGCAGCCGGAAUACUCGAAGGUGCUGCAAGAGGAACGCCUCCGGAGACAGCACUGCGAGCGUAACAUUCAAUCACUGCACGUAAAGCUGCUCGAGUACGAGGAGAAAAUCUCUGUAGCUCUGUCGGUGGACAAAGAGAAGGUGUCCAUCAUCGCCAACUUGGAACAGGAAACGGCCCGUCUUACGGGUAAGCUUCGGGACAUGGAACACAAGCACAUUGAAAUGCACGAAAAGCUUAUGGCAGAAAACGUGGAGAUUAAGAACAAAAACCUCUUCCUCGAGAAGGAGCUGGCCGAAACGCUGAACCUAGUGCGAAAGCUAGAGGAUAAAAAAGAUAAUCUGGAAGCGAAGAUAGAGCACCUUGCCACUGCCAAUCGUGACGUGAACGAUGUACACCGGCAACAGAUGGAGGAUCUGCAAAUACGGCUAGCAAACAGCCGUGACAACGAGCGGCAGUUAAGGGAGCAACUAGGCAAACAGCGGAAAGCGAACGAGCAGCUUGGU